AUGUACCCCAGCAACAAGAAGAAAAAGGUGUGGAGAGAGGAGAAAGAACGUUUGCUGAAGAUGACCAUAGAGGAGAGACGCAAAGAAUACAUAAGGGAUUAUGUUCCCCUGAACACCAUCCCAUCGUGGAAAGAGGAGAUGAAGGGCAAGAGCCAAAAUGAUGAAGAAAAUACUCAGGAGCCAUCACAGGUGAAGAAAAGUUUGAGUGAGAAAGUUUCUCUGUAUAGAGGUGACAUCACAUUGCUAGAGGUGGAUGCUAUAGUCAAUGCGGGUGAGUAG